AUGAAAAAAUUCGAGCUGCUUGGACCAGCCCAAGCUGAAUGGGGGCAGCCCAGUCUGCCACAUCCUCAAGACACAGCCAGCGCGCAGCCCAGCCCCAGCUCCAGCACGGAGGCCCACGUCACGCCUGGCCCGCUGGCUCCAACACCCGCAUCCUCAGCCCACGUCUCGAGCAAGGCCCAGCGCCAGCAUGCGCAGCCCACGCCUCAUGUGAGGCCCGUCGUCUCCUUGCCCAAACUCCAGCUCGUGGCCCGCAGCCAUGCGAAGGCCCAGCGUCUUCUUGCCCAGUGCAAUCCCACUUCGCACACCAGGCCUGGCGCCUCCCUGCUUCCACUUCGAGCCUAG